ACAAUGGUGACAGCAACGCAGUAUUAUGAACGUGAUUUUUUAGAAUAUAUAUUUACAAGAAUAAUUUCUACUUUUCGAUAAUGGUAAUUGGGUGAAAAUUGUUUUAAUAAAUUAACCUCACAAUGGGAUUUUUGUACCUUUUAAAAAGGAAAAGUAUUAUUUUUAUAACAAUAUUAAUUAUUGUGCUAUAUCUAAACUUAGUAACUCGAUUAUUUGAACGAGACUUCGAAACAGAUUUUGAUUAUCCUUUAGUAGGAAAUAUAGAAUUAUUUGCUGAAGAGCUAAGGAAUGGUAAACCUUCAGUUGAGCCUAUCAAUAAUUAUAGCUACACAUUCAAUAUAAUUAAUAAAGAUAAAUGUAAGAAAAAUGAUGGCUUUAUCAAACCAAGAAUUGUGUAUAUUGUUAAAUCAGCUAUGCCGCACUUUGAAAGAAGAGUUGCUAUAAGAAGUACUUGGGGAUAUGAAAAUCGUUUCUCGGAUGUUAUCAUAAAAACUGUGUUUAUGCUAGGCAUCAGUUUGCAUGAUGAAAUAUUGCAAGAAAAUAUAAAUAAAGAGAGUGAAAAAUUUAAUGACAUAGUGCAAGCAAAUUUUAUUGAUUCAUAUUUCAACAACACGAUUAAAACAGCUAUGGCAUAUAGAUGGGCUGUUGAAUAUUGUCCAUAUUCUCAGUUUUAUAUAUUUAUGGAUGAUGAUAUGUAUGCAUCAACAAAAAAUUUAUUAAGCUUUAUCAGAAAUCCUGUAUAUUAUCCAGAAUAUUUGAAAAGAACUGAUGAAACUUUGAGAAUGCUAGUCCAUCAAAGAAAAUUGUUAACAAACGCAUCUUCAACAGAUUUAAAUAGAUCUAAGAGACAGUUAGUUGAUUAUGAACUUCCAGCCGAUGCCAAACUAUAUGCAGGUUUUGUUUAUGAUACAUAUCCCCUCCGUGAUUUUGGUAGCAAGUGGUAUAUAUCACUAAAGGAAUAUCCUUGGAAUAAAUAUCCUCGUUAUGUUACAGCUGGAAGUGUAGUACUAUCAAAUGAAGCUUUGCAUGUGUUAUAUUAUGCCUUUUAUUAUGUAAAACAUUUUAGGUUUGAUGACAUAUUUAUUGCAAUUGCGGCUUAUAAAACUGGAAUUGAGCCUUUGCAUAAUGGAGAGUUCUUAACUAGUCACAGUCAUUUUACUGGAUCGAAUCGAUAUACACUUACAGCUCAUGGUUUUGGAGAUCCUGAGAAGUUAAUAGUGGCAUGGACAGAUGCUAGAGCUGCAGGAAAUGCUUAACAAUAAACAGUUAUUACAUACUGAAAAUUUGUCAUUGGCAUAUUACUAUAUUGCUAAAUUUAUAAUGAUAGUGUGAUACACUGACUUCUCUUUAAAUUAAAUAAAUCA